UACCAAAUGUCAAUCGACGUCAACGUCAAUCGUCAUUCUUCGAUAUUUAGUUUAGUUGGAACUCGUAGUUUGUAACUUUGUACUAGUUUCAUUACUAGUACUGCAACAGAACAGUCAACUUCACUCACUUCUGAUUCGCAAACUUCAGAAGUUGUGUGAUCUUGCUAAGCAUACUAUUGUAAAAGUUGUUUUUAUACAUAAUAAAGUUUUUUUUAAAAUAUAGAAUAAGUGACUUAAAGUUUAGUUGUCGUGUAUACAAAAGACAAUAUAAAAAAAGGUGAAAAUGGAGGCAUUAGGCGAUAUCCUAUUGCCUUACAAGGAGCCCGUCGCAUUAGUGACACGAAUUGUUACUAUGGGCCAGAUGUUCUCCGGCAGUUUCCUCUGUUAUGAUAUUUAUAAACAGGGAAACACAAAAGGCAUACCAAUUAUGCCUUUCCUUGGUGGUCUUAUCAUGGGUAUCCUCAACUUGAAAUUCGGUUUUAUCCUCCGCGACGACACAAUGAUUCAAGUAAACUUCUUUGGUUUGUCGCUGAGUAUCCUGUACAUUAUGAUAUACUACACUUACGCCACCGAGAAGGGCCAGGUCUGGCUGCAGAUGGGCAUAGCUGGUGCGUUCAGUGCUGCGCUGAUCGGUUACGCAGAAAUGGAAGAUCCGAAGUUAAUAGAGAACAGAUUUGGUUCCAUCAUCACAGUGUUCAUGUUUUAUUUGAUUGCAUCACCGCUGUUAAAUCUGAAACACAUCGUUAAAAACAAAAGUACAGAGGGAAUGCCGUUCCCCAUUAUCUUCUCUGGUACCAUCGUGACCUUCAUGUGGCUUCUGUAUGGAAUCAUACUAAAGAAUAAGUUCCUUGUUCUUCAAAACGUAGUAGCGUUUGCCCUGUGCGGAUUCCAGCUCUCUCUAUUCGCAAUUUAUCCAUCUAAACCCAAGAGCAAGGACAAGGUCAAGGCGAAGGCAAAGAAGACAAACUGAACAAAAAUAGGUGCGAAAAUAAUCAAACUAUGCAAAUUAAAAAAUAAAUUAAAAUUCAUAUAAAAUCAAUUAGACAAAAGUUCCUUUUUUAAAAAUAAACAUUAAUAAAAUAACAUGAUAUAUAAACGUAUAUUUGAUAAAGUACUACGUUAUUUUUUAAUAAAACUAUCUUCAUAUAGAUAAGUCAAUGACUUAGCACAUUUCGUUGAUAAAUAAUUAGUUUAAAUAUGCCAGUGUCACAUGUGAUAUCGAUUUAAGCGAUUAAAUGACGAUGAUAUUUAUAUUAUUUUCGUUUUUACAUAAAAAAGCAUAAUCUAUAAAAAAACGUUUCCGCUAUAGUUUGGAUAAUGUAUAAAGAGGACCUUAGCGUUUUACUUUUAAA